AAAGUAGGAAGAAGCUGCCGGUUUAUCGGGCAGCUGAGUGAAGUGGAGCCUGCGGAGGAAACACCGGGACCGUCUGGAUGUGAUAGUCCGUGGAGGUGCUGGGGUGCUCGGCUGCACAGAUAGGAAACCCCUGGGCUGACAGGAUGUACCACUCUCUCACGCAGGCACAAAACGUACGUGCUACUUGGCAGUCGGAUGUAGUCCGUGUAGUGUGUUCAAAUGCAACUGUAACCGUAACGUGCUACAAUAAACUGUUCAACGGAGCUGUUAGACGACCAAAAGCCAAACUGACUGACAGGAAGGCAGUGAUAAAGAAUGCAGACAUGUCUGAAGAGAUGCAGCAGGAUGCUGUGGACUGUGCCAUGCAGGCUAUGGAUAAGUACAACACUGAGAAGGAUAUCGCCGCCUUUGUCAAAAAGGAGUUUGACAACCCCACAUGGCACUGCAUAGUCGGGAGGAACUUUGGCAGCUAUGUGACGCAUGAGACGAAGCAUUUCAUCUACUUCUACCUGGGCCAAGUGGCCAUUCUACUCUUCAAGUCGGGCUGAAAUCCAAACAUGCCCUCCCAAAACUACUUUAAAUUCAGCCCACAAUAUUUCUGUGCCAUGCUGUACAUUGGCUACCACCUUUGUGCAGACAUGCCUACCUCCUGGUUUCCUGCUUUCGUCAGUCUGUUAUUGUUUGCCACCUACAACACAACAACCAUCGCUGAAUGGCACUUUAGUCAUGCCUGGACUGGUGAUGUGCCAUUUGUAGAAAAUGCCAAUUUCAAACUACUCUCCAUUCCAGCACUCAAUCAGCAUUUUCACAUCUGACAGACUCACCAUGAUGCAUAGUUUCUGCGUAUUGUUUUUGCUGUGCGUUGAUGCACGGGCCUUGUACAUUGUUUCAUGUCGAUAUGUUUUUUGUUCUGUAUGACAUCUAUUGCACGUCUGUCCAUCCUGGAGGUUUCUACCGUUUUUUUCCCCCGUUACAGGGGGUUUUUUGGGGAGUUUUUCCUUAUCCGCUGUGAGGGUCCCAAGGACAGAGGGAUGUUGUAUGCUGUAAAGCCCUGUGAGGCAAAUUGUGAUAUUGGGCUUUAUAAAUAAAAUUGAUUGAAUUGAUUGAAUUGAACUGACACAAGGCGACGUGAGGCAACGUCGACGACCCAACAGUUGGCUUUCCUCGCCGCUAGUUCUUUGAUGUCGGUUUGCUGUGUCAGCACCUUUACACAGCGUCCCAACUUUUUGGAAUUGAGGUUGUACAUUUACUGUUGGUUUCGCACUGCACAAGAUUUUUUUUGACAGUGAGAAAAAUAUAAAAUAUCACCAGACUUACCCUGUAAAUAAUACUGUAUAGUCAGAGGUCAUGUCAUAAUCUUACAGUUAACAGUGCUUCAAUUAUCCAGGAGAGCCCAAGGAGUCUGUGUUGGGAACAUUGGCUCCAGAGGUAUUUCUUCCACCAAGUUCCUCAUUUAAAGUUUUCUUUUUCUUAAAACAACAGAGGCUCUGCAAACUUUCUUCAUACUUACUGUCAGUAUUUUAACAUUAGACCUUUUCUUUGUCACGAUGUAAAGGAUGAAACCUUGUAAUCAUACAGCUUUACUUUUACAUGUCUGUCAAAUCUGUAUCUGUGUCUGUCAUC